AUGGCCGUUGCGUUCUCUUGUGAACACUUCCCAGACCUCUGGGACAUGGUCAUCGCGCACACGGACCAUGGGACCCAGCUGGCCCUUCGGCUAGUCUGCAAGUCCCUCCGCUUCAAGAUCGACUGCUUCCAGUCACGAUACCUGGUAAUCUCUGAAGGUGGAGACUCGGCACAACUGAUCGUGACGGGUCCAAGCCGACACAUUCCGUAUUUCGACGAGCAAGCCCACAUCCACAACGAGCCUGGCUUCUGGCUGAACCGGCCCACUGUCGCCCGAGUCGCUCACACCCGCGUACUCGACAUCCAAGGGUACUGUCCUCCGUCCAACGACCCCGACUUGUUCACAUUCAUGCACUUCCCCGCCCUAGAGGUACUACGUAUGACACCCAGCGUGGCUGACUACGACUGCGACCACUUCACGCCAUAUGUCCCAGAGCACUUUCAUGCCAGGACACUAGUACUCUUCUCCAACCCCAUGGGAUGCCGGGCGAUGGACAAGCAUUGGUGGUUCUUCAUGGAUGACUCGGACGACGAAGACAGCCAGGCUCUCGUUCCCUACGACGUGGACCGGUCCCGCCUCCCCCGCUCAGUCACGAAGCUUGUGCUCAACAUGCGUGGCCUACCCACCGCGUUUCCCGACAUGUAUCCUUUCGUGUCCAGGAUCCCUAGCCAUGUCCGGGAGGUGGUGGCUAACGCCCCCUACUAUCAGAGUCUGGAUGAUCGUGGCAGCGUUCAUUUCGAGGUAUCGGCACACAUCGAGCAGAUCCACCUCCUCGCCGUGGUGUUUCGUACCAUGUCAACGCGGUUCACCUGCGUCGGCUUUGACCGCCUCGCGUCCGACUUUGCCGACAAGUUUAUGAGAGAGCUUGAAUCCCGAUACCGCCACAUCUUCUUCAACACUGUCGACUAUACCAUCGAAGACGAAUUGACACUCAAGCUUCCGGAUGAGACGCGCGCAGAGUACAUAGAGUGCAGCACGUCGGGUGUCCGCCGGGGCAAGCAGCUGCCCCGCAACCCAGACCGGCCGCUGAUCAGUCUGAAGGAGCAAGUCGACCAACUCGUUUCACGUGUCGAGUUCAUAACGAAGGUCGAGUAUGUCGAGCGCGUUGGGAGGGAAACGGCUGAGCUAGAUCUGUUAGAGCACCCUGAUCCGGAUGAUCGGGCCUGCGUUGGGAGAAAGUAUAACUGGAGGCGUAGAGAGGAUUACGGAGACACAGGCAUGGCGGACUACUGGCACCAGAUGCGGGCUUCAUCAGAGUAA